UAAAAGGACCCCUGGGAAAAAAUUUGCCUUGUCCUUGCACAGAAAGCUUCAAGUAUUGAUCAGCUUCCAGACUGCAUACUAUCCAUCUGGUAUCACAAGAGAGCUCACUGCUGAGCUGCCCUAAAUAAACUGCAGCCAUGUCGUCGGAUGCUGAGAUGGCCGUCUUUGGGGUGGCAGCUCCUUUCCUCCGAAAGUCGGAGAAGGAGAGAAUUGAGGACCAGAACAAGCCUUUUGAUGCUAAGACAUCGGUCUUUGUGGUGCAUCCCAAGGAAUCCUUUGUGAAAAGCUCAAUUCAGAGCAGAGAAGGAGGGAAGGUCACAGUCAAGACUGAAAAAGGAGAAACUUUGACUGUUAAGGACGAUCAAAUCUUCUCCAUGAACCCUCCCAAAUAUGAUAAAAUCGAGGACAUGGCGAUGAUGACCCAUCUCCAUGAACCUGGCGUCCUGUAUAACCUCAAAGAGCGUUAUGCAGCCUGGAUGAUCUAUACCUAUUCGGGUCUCUUCUGUGUCACUGUCAACCCCUACAAGUGGCUGCCUGUGUACAACCCAGAAGUUGUGGCUGCCUACAGGGGCAAAAAGCGUCAAGAGGCCCCUCCCCACAUCUUCUCCAUCUCUGACAGCGCCUAUCAGUUCAUGUUAACUGAUCGGGAGAAUCAGUCGAUCCUCAUCACUGGAGAAUCCGGUGCUGGAAAAACUGUGAACACCAAGCGUGUCAUCCAGUACUUUGCAACAAUUGCAGCUAGUGGGGAGAAGAAGAAGGAAGAGCCAGGCAAAAUGCAUGGGACCCUUGAAGAUCAAAUCAUCAGCGCCAACCCCCUGCUGGAGGCCUUUGGUAAUGCCAAGACCGUGAGGAAUGACAACUCCUCUCGUUUUGGUAAAUUCAUCAGAAUCCACUUUGGUACCACAGGGAAACUGGCUUCUGCUGACAUUGAAACAUAUCUGCUGGAGAAAUCUAGAGUCACUUUCCAGCUCAAGGCGGAAAGAAGCUACCACAUAUUUUAUCAGAUCAUGUCCAACAAGAAGCCAGAACUAAUUGAGCUGCUUCUGAUUACCACCAACCCAUAUGACUUCCCGUUUGUGAGUCAAGGCGAGAUCAGUGUAGCCAGCAUCGAUGACCAGGAGGAACUCAUGGCCACAGAUAGCGCCAUUGACAUCUUGGGCUUCAGUGCUGAGGAAAAAACAGCCAUUUACAAGCUGACAGGGGCAGUACUGCACUAUGGGAACAUGAAAUUCAAGCAGAAGCAGCGUGAGGAACAGGCAGAGCCAGAUGGCACAGAAGUGGCUGACAAAGCAGCCUACCUGAUGAAUCUGAACUCAGCUGACCUGCUCAAAGCCAUAUGUUGCCCCCGAGUCAAGGUUGGGAAUGAAUAUGUGACCAAAGGUCAAACAGUGCAGCAGGUGCACAAUUCGGUGGGUGCUCUGGCAAAGGCGGUCUAUGAGAAGAUGUUCCUGUGGAUGGUCAUUCGUAUCAACCAGCAGCUGGAUACCAAGCAGCCCAGACAGUACUUCAUUGGUGUCCUGGACAUUGCUGGCUUUGAGAUCUUCGAUUACAACAGUCUGGAGCAGCUGUGCAUCAACUUCACCAAUGAGAAACUGCAACAGUUUUUCAACCACCACAUGUUUGUGCUGGAGCAGGAGGAGUACAAGAAGGAAGGAAUUGAAUGGACAUUCAUUGACUUUGGGAUGGACCUGGCUGCUUGCAUUGAGCUCAUUGAGAAGCCAAUGGGUAUUUUCUCCAUCCUGGAAGAGGAGUGCAUGUUCCCCAAGGCAACUGAUGUGUCUUUCAAGAACAAACUCUAUGACCAGCAUCUUGGCAAGUCCAGCAACUUCCAGAAGCCCAAGCCUACCAAAGGAAAGGCUGAGGCCCACUUCGCCCUGGUGCACUAUGCUGGCAUUGUGGACUACAACAUCACUGGCUGGCUCGAAAAGAACAAAGAUCCCCUGAAUGAAACUGUCAUUGGGCUGUACCAGAAAUCGUCAAUGAAAACACUGGCUUUUCUCUUUGCCGCAUAUGGUGGAGAUGCAGAAGGCGGUGGCUCCAAGAAGGGGAGCAAGAAGAAGGGUUCUUCUUUUCAGACUGUUUCUGCUCUUUUCAGGGAGAAUUUAAACAAGCUGAUGAGCAAUCUGAGAAGCACUCAUCCUCACUUUGUGCGAUGCAUCAUUCCCAAUGAAACCAAGACACCCGGUGCCAUGGAACAUGAACUCGUACUACACCAGCUAAGGUGUAACGGCGUGCUGGAAGGGAUCAGAAUUUGCAGGAAAGGAUUCCCCAGCAGAGUCAUUUAUGCAGACUUUAAGCAGAGAUACAGGAUUUUAAAUGCAAGUGCUGUUCCAGAGGGACAGUUCAUGGAUAGCAAGAAGGCUUCUGAGAAACUACUUGGAUCCAUUGAUAUUGAUCAGACCCAGUAUAAAUUUGGCCACACUAAGGUGUUCUUCAAAGCGGGACUUCUGGGUCUUCUAGAGGAGAUGAGAGAUGAUAAACUAGCAGAGAUUAUGACCCGCACACAAGCCAGGUGUCGUGGCUUCCUGAUGAGAGUGGAGUAUCAAAGAAUGGUGGAAAGGAGAGAGUCCGUCUUCUGUAUCCAAUACAACGUUCGCUCAUUCAUGAAUGUCAAGCACUGGCCCUGGAUGAAGCUGUACUUCAAGAUCAAGCCCUUGCUGAAGAGUGCUGAAGCUGAGAAGGAAAUGGCCACUAUGAAGGAAGAGUUUGAGAAAAUGAAGGAAGAGCUUGCUAAGUCUGAGGCAAAAAGGAAAGAACUGGAGGAAAAAAUGGUGACCCUGAUGCAAGAGAAAAACGACCUGCAGCUCCAAGUGCAGUCUGAAUCUGAAGGCUUGGCUGAUGCUGAGGAAAGAUGUGAUCAACUGAUCAAAACCAAAAUCCAACUUGAAGCUAAAAUUAAGGAGGUGACUGAAAGAGCAGAGGAUGAGGAGGAGAUGAACGCUGAGCUGACAGCCAAAAAGAGGAAACUGGAGGAUGAAUGUUCUGAGCUGAAGAAAGAUAUUGAUGACCUUGAGUUAACAUUGGCCAAGGUUGAAAAGGAAAAACAUGCCACAGAAAACAAGGUGAAAAACCUCACAGAGGAGAUGGCAGUCCUGGAUGAGACCAUCGCUAAACUGACAAAGGAAAAGAAAGCCCUCCAGGAGGCCCAUCAGCAGACCCUGGAUGACCUGCAGGCAGAAGAGGACAAAGUGAACACACUGACUAAAGCUAAAACCAAGCUGGAGCAGCAAGUGGAUGAUCUUGAAGGGUCGCUGGAGCAAGAGAAGAAGAUUCGCAUGGACCUUGAAAGAGCUAAGAGGAAACUUGAAGGAGAUUUGAAACUGGCCCAGGAAUCUACAAUGGAUUUAGAAAAUGAUAAACAGCAGCUGGAGGAAAAACUGAAGAAGAAAGACUUUGAAAUCAGUCAGUUCCUAAGCAGAAUAGAGGAUGAGCAAGUCCUUGGCAUCCAGCUGCAGAAGAAGAUCAAAGAGUUACAGGCUCGUAUUGAGGAACUGGAGGAGGAGAUAGAGGCUGAACGUGCCUCUCGGGCAAAAGCAGAGAAGCAGCGGGGUGAUCUCUCCAGGGAACUUGAGGAGAUCAGUGAGCGUCUGGAAGAAGCUGGUGGAGCCACAGCGGUUCAGAUUGAGAUGAACAAGAAGCGUGAGGCAGAAUUCCAGAAAAUGCGCCGAGACCUUGAAGAGGCCACUCUGCAGCAUGAAGCCACAGCCGCCGCCCUCCGGAAGAAGCACGCGGACAGCACAGCAGAGCUUGGGGAGCAAAUUGACAACCUGCAACGAGUCAAGCAGAAGCUGGAGAAGGAGAAGAGUGAACUAAAGAUGGAGAUUGACGACCUGGCUAGUAAUCUGGAGACUGUCUCCAAAGCCAAGGCAAACCUUGAAAAAAUGUGCCGCACUCUGGAAGAUCAGCUUAGCGAGAUUAAGACAAAGGAAGAAGAGCAUCAGCGUAUGAUCAAUGACCUCAAUGCUCAAAGAGCUCGUCUACAGACAGAAUCAGGUGAAUUUGCGCGCCAGGUAGAGGAAAAAGAUGGUUUGAUUUCUCAGCUCUCAAGAGCUAAACAGGCAUUUACCCAACAGAUUGAGGAACUAAAGAGGCAUCUAGAGGAGGAGAUAAAGGCUAAGAACGCACUGGCCCACGCCUUGCAGUCUGCUCGCCAUGACUGCGACUUGCUCCGGGAGCAAUAUGAGGAGGAGCAGGAAGCCAAGGGUGAGCUGCAACGUGCCCUGUCCAAGGCCAACAGCGAAGUUGCCCAGUGGCGAACCAAAUACGAGACGGACGCCAUUCAGCGCACAGAGGAACUAGAAGAGGCCAAGAAGAAGCUUGCCCAGCGUCUGCAGGAUGCUGAAGAACAUGUCGAAGCUGUGAAUUCCAAAUGUGCUUCUCUUGAAAAGACGAAGCAGAGGCUGCAGAAUGAAGUGGAGGACCUGAUGAUUGAUGUGGAAAGAUCUAAUGCUGCCUGUGCAGCUCUGGAUAAGAAGCAGAAGAAUUUCGAUAAGGUUCUGGCAGAAUGGAAGCAGAAAUACGAGGAAACGCAGGCAGAACUGGAAGCUUCCCAGAAGGAGUCUCGCUCUCUCAGCACGGAGCUGUUUAAGAUGAAGAAUUCUUAUGAGGAAACCUUGGAUCAACUUGAAACUCUGAAGCGCGAGAACAAAAACUUGCAGCAGGAGAUUUCUGACCUCACGGAGCAGAUUGCAGAGGGGGGAAAGACCAUCCAUGAGCUGGAGAAAGUGAAGAAGCAGAUUGAACAAGAGAAAUCAGAAAUCCAGUCUGCUCUGGAGGAAGCUGAGGCUUCACUAGAACAUGAAGAGGGCAAAAUCCUCCGCAUCCAACUUGAGCUGAACCAGGUAAAGUCUGAAAUCGACAGGAAGAUUGCUGAGAAAGAUGAAGAAAUUGAUCAGCUGAAGAGAAACCAUAUCAGAGUUGUGGAGUCCAUGCAGAGCACCCUGGAUGCUGAGAUCAGGAGCAGAAAUGAAGCCAUUAGGCUAAAGAAGAAGAUGGAAGGGGAUCUGAAUGAAAUGGAGAUCCAGCUGAGCCAUGCCAGCCGCCUGGCUGCAGAGGCACAGAAGAACCUGCGAAACACACAAGGAGUGCUCAAGGAUACCCAGAUACACUUGGAUGAUGCUCUCCGAAGCCAAGAAGACCUGAAGGAGCAGGUGGCCAUGGUUGAGCGCAGAGCUAACCUGAUGCUGGCCGAAAUUGAGGAGCUGAGGGCAGCUCUGGAACAGACAGAGAGGGCCAGGAAAGUGGCUGAACAGGAGCUUCUGGAUGCAAGUGAACGAGUGCAGCUCCUGCACACCCAGAACACCAGCCUGAUCAACACGAAGAAGAAGUUGGAAACAGAUAUUUCCCAAAUCCAGAGUGAAAUGGAAGAGACAAUUCAGGAAGCACGUAAUGCAGAAGACAAGGCCAAGAAGGCAAUCACGGAUGCGGCCAUGAUGGCGGAGGAGCUGAAGAAGGAGCAGGACACCAGCGCCCACCUGGAGAGGAUGAAGAAGAACCUGGACCAGACGGUGAAGGACCUGCAGCUCCGUCUGGAUGAGGCAGAGCAGCUGGCACUGAAGGGUGGCAAGAAGCAAAUCCAGAAACUGGAGGCCAGAGUGCGUGAGUUGGAAGGUGAGGUUGACAAUGAGCAGAAACGCAGCACUGAUGCUAUCAAGGGUGUUCGCAAGUAUGAGAGAAGAGUAAAGGAACUGACCUAUCAGUCUGAGGAAGACCGGAAGAAUAUUCUCAGGCUUCAGGAUCUGGUUGAUAAACUACAAAUGAAAGUGAAAUCUUACAAGAGACAAGCCGAGGAGUCUGAGGAACUAUCCAAUGUCAACCUCACCAAGUUCCGCAAGAUCCAGCACGAGCUGGAGGAGGCUGAGGAGCGGGCUGACAUUGCGGAGUCCCAGGUUAACAAACUGCGGGUGAAGAGCCGCGAGAUUCACAGGAAGAUUGAAGGAGAAGAGUGAGGAUGUCACCAUGCUACAAAGUGACUGAAGAAAUGCACAAAAUGUGAAUCUCUCUGUCACUUUGUUGUAUUUAUUGGUUAUUCUGUCCUCACUGUUUAGGAAAUAAAGAUUGUAGAGACCUUUGCAUACAAAGAACUAGUAGGGGCUUUUGUUUUUUACAG